UAUGUUACGCGUCGAUCACGAUUGUGAGAUUAAUGUUAAACAAGAUGAUCUUCUAUUUCUUCCGGGUCGUGGACCAUUUAGAAAAAUACUUGAUUAUUUUCGUCAAUUUAUUAUGGCAUCAAAAAAAUCUCCCUCGGCACGAAAAUAUUUACGAAGUAAUUAUUCCAUCAGUUAUGAGAAACAAAGACAUUUGCGAAAUUUUAAAGAAGUUAUUCAUCCUUUUAGUUUAUUCAGGUACUGGUGGAAUAUUUUGAUGAUAAUUGUUAUGAUAAUUUGUUUCAUAAUUUUCCCAUAUCAUGUGGCUUUUAAUAUUUCCAGUGUUAAUAUUUAUUGGACAUUGUCAAAAAAUGCUCUAUACUUUAUUUUGUGCUGUGAUAUUUUUGUCAACUUAAUGACGGGAUAUUUUGAUGAAACCCAAAGAAUAGUUGUGAUGGAGAAAUCAAGGCGUAUUCGUCACUACAUCUACCCAGGAACAUUAAUUCCAGAUUUGAUCAGUUCCUUUCCAACAGAUCUCUUUUUUAUCAUCACAUGGGAUAAAAUGAUCAUUCUUCGUGAAUAUUGUUCCCUUCUGGUGAUAUUUCGCAUCUUCAGUAUUUAUUCCUACAUUCGUAUCUUCGCCCUAGCGUACGAUUUUCAUCGAAUGUCUUAUGAAAUAUUCAAUUUUUUCUUCUGGGCCACUAUUCUUAUUCACUGGCAAGCAUGUUUAUUUUGGAUAAUUCCAAUUGCAGUCACUUCACUAUCAAUUUUGAAACAACCUCACAAAGACUCAUGGAUAAAUUUCUCUAAUCUUUGGAACGAAGGAAAUUCUGAAAAAUAUUAUCAGUGUUUCAUUAGAGUGAUAGCGACAUUCACUAGAUGUGGAUUUCAAAAGGAGGAAGCUUUUACCGGAGAGGAUCAGUAUCUAAUUAUUGUUUUUCAAUUGCUGGGUACUUUUGUUCUUUGUAUUAUGAUUGCCAGAAUUAUGCAAUACUUCCAAAGUGCCAAUAGUUCAAGGCUCAAGUAUCAAGCGGCAAUUGGUGAAUUGCAACAGUACAUGCGAUAUAAACAAUUACCACGCAAGACUCAGAGGAGAUUCUUGGCUUAUUAUGAAUUUCGAUUUCAACAUCAAUAUUUUCGAGAGGCUGAGAUUCUCAAUACACUUUCGAGUCAAAUGCGUCAGGAAAUUAGAAUGCACUCGUGUAGAAAAUUAGUGGAAAAUGUACCAUUCUUCAAUAAUAUUCCAUUAACAUUAUUGGCAAGAAUAGUUGCACUAUUGAAAUCGGAAAUUUUUUUAACAAAUGACGUUAUUGUCAGAGCCAAUACACCUGGUGAUUGUAUGUAUUUCAUAGCAACGGGAACGGUGGCGGUUUAUACGGCUUCAGGAAAGGAAGUUUGUCAUCUCGAGGAUGGCGCACAUUUUGGCGAAAUUGCCCUUGUAAUGCCGGACGAGAAGAGAAUCGCCAGCGUUGUUGCCGUUGAAGUCUGUGAGCUUUAUCGACUUGAAAGGGCUGAUUUCUCAAGAACGAUUCAUCCCUAUCCAAUGCUUUGGGAACGCAUUAAGCAAAUUGCCAUGGAUCGACAUGAAAAGACGGUUAUUUUCAAUGCUCAGUAGAAUAUAAGAGAA